GCCGCAGAGAUGACGCGUUGAAGAAGCGUCAGACAUGAGCCGCUGUUGAGUAAAUCACAAAGAAUAGUUUGAAUACUGUACUCACUCCCAAGUAUAUAUUCUGACAAUGGUUUAUACGGACGCUACUGUACCAGAGAAUGGGAUAAUCUGGCGUGUCAAAGGUCAACUCGAAUUGAGAUGUUACCCUGAGAGCACAGAUGCCAUUAAAAAGAGCAUCUCUCAAACCUUUGAGACCCUUCGUUCCCAAAUGAAGUCGGAGUCACUGGUCUUCACGGUGUGUGACAGCUCCGUUGUUAUAUGGCCAAACAAGGACGUAUACUCUCCUCCUGGAGAAGUAUCAUCAAACACACUCUGUGAGGAGCUGCAACGAUGGAUAAAAGGGGAUGACCAAGACACUGGCAAAAAGGCCUCUAAAAAGAAAAUGAAGAAGAUUGUAACAGAGAGUGUGAUAAACCUCUGCCUGAUGAAGGAGGUGUCCCGGCCAGGCCCCCUGCCAGUCCCCAUCCUCACCAGGAUGCUGCAGAGCGGCCAUGCCCUCCACACCACGCUCCCCAUGGACUGUGUCAUCCGCUCCACCGCCCACCAACCCAUCGGAGUUGCUUGUAAUCACCUGUUGGAUGCGCUGACGAGUCAGCUGAGGGAGAUGGAGAAAGCAGCCCUCCAGAACAUGAAGGGAACUACUCUUCUGGUGCCUGAGCCUUACCAUUUCCUCCUCCCAGAGCCCAGGGGCCUGGUGACCAUAGUAUACCCAGCAGGAGUGCCUGACAGUCAGCUGGAGAGCCAUCGCAAGGAGCUGCAUGGGCGGUUCGACCUGCCAGAGGACAGACCCUACUUCAGGAAACCCAAUGCCUUCCGCUUCCCCGACCAAGUGCACAAAGACGGCUACCUUAGGAACCCUCACCAGGUCCUCACACACCCCAGCCUGGACAACGGCAAGCUGUACCUGGUCCAGGGGGUCUACAGCUACCACCACUACAUGCAAGACCGCAUGGAGGACAACGGCUGGGGCUGUGCCUACCGCUCCCUGCAGACCGUCUGCUCCUGGUUCCAGCAGCAGGGCUACGCCGAGCGGCCCGUGCCCUCCCACAGGGAGAUCCAACAGGCGUUGGUGGACAUGGGAGACAAGCAGGCGUCCUUCGUAGGCUCCAGACAGUGGAUCGGCUCCAUCGAGGUGGCAGCGGUUCUGGACCAGCUGCUGGGCAUCACGUCCAAGAUCAUGUUUGUGAGUCAGGGGUGUGAGUUGGCGUCGAAAGGCCGAGAGCUGGCCAACCAUUUCCUAACUGAAGGGACUCCUGUGAUGAUCGGAGGGGGCGUCCUGGCCCAUACCAUCCUGGGCGUUGCCUGGAGCGAGACCACGGGCCAGAUCCGUUACCUCAUCCUGGACCCACAUUACACAGGCGCAGAGGACCUGCAGGUCAUCAGCGAUAAGGGCUGGUGUGGCUGGAAGGGUCCAGACUUCUGGGAUCAAACAGCCUACUACAACCUCUGUCUCCCCCAGAGGCCCCGGAUCUUCUGAUUGGGCUUUGGCAUUUGUAAUAUGUACAUACAGAAUGAGAAUAAUAACAAAUACACAGCUUGGCACUAUAGCUAUGAUGUUUCCAUCAAUAGUGUAGUGUUUAUAAUGAUUUUUUAUUUUUUUAAUCUGUAAAGAUUAAUGCGAAGAUGGCUCAUCUGUUUUGAAAAUGCUUUGUUAAAUGAUUCUAAAAUGUCCAUUAACAUGAUUCAAAAAGCGAAAUUGAGAUCAAUAAAAUAUAAAAUUG